UUCAAUGUGCAGUCCCUAGGUUCGCUAUACAAGCAGUUUGAAACGCUUCCCCAAGACCUGCGCCGCUACCAGAUCGAUAUCCUUGGCCUCCAAGAUAUGAGCUUGGGCGCUUUGAGGUCGGAGACUACUUACUACUAACGUUGCCGGCACAGGAAGAGCGCUACGGAGUUGGAUUUGCCAUCUCUCCUCGCGUUACUCCUUACCUCCGUCGGUGCUGGGCUCACAGCGACCGUAUCGGCAUCUUGCAGUUUCCCAAGCGAGCGAAAAACAAGACCACCUGGAGCCAGCGCAAGCGGACAGACUGUGUCUACAAUCAAAUCGACUACGUACUCUGCCCUCAGAGUUGUAGACGGUUCUGUCUAGAUGCCCAGUCCUGGGGUAGGGCCAUCACCCCGUCCGACCACAAGAUCGUCACCGCGGACUUUGAGCUCAAGCACAUCCGUCGCCUCCGGUUUCCGUCGCGUCGCACAAGCGGCACAACUGUUCACCUCGCACUCAGCGAGUUAGUUCACAACGACCGCUCCAGAACCGCUUACGCAUCAGCCACGCUGACGAUGGAUCCACUAUCAACCUGCAAUGGGAGGACACUUUUGCGAAGCUACACGAAGCAGCAUCGCAGACCAUCGAGUUUUCUUCGCCGGAUCAACGACGCUGCCGCAGCUACGACGAUCCGCUGCUCGCCGCGCUGUCCGAGCAACAACGCCAGCUCCGGCUCCGCAUUUACAACGACACAUCGGCUAACACAGCGCUGCUGCGCUCUCAGCGAAACAAGAUCCUACACCAGGUCCGCACUCGCUGCUGUGACCUCGCUAACAUGGCCCUCGACGAAAAGGUUUCACGCAUCGAGGCUUCAAGCGACUCUCACAAAAUUUUCGUUGCCGUCCGCGAUCUCGCCCGCAAACCGACACAGCAUCUUCUAAUUCAAGACUCAUCAGGUAAGUAUAUACUUCACAGAAACACAGCUAACAAAAUUGUCCGAGAUCACUUCCAAGAACAGUUUCUAAAUACAGAUCAAGCUCAAGUAUCACCAGACCCAACAGCUCAACCCCUCGACUGCCCAAUCACGCCGGACGAAGUCCAUGGUGCCCUCCUUCGACUGAACAACGGUC